UUUCAUUCUAUUUUAUUCCGUAUGAUGUUGAUAAUGAUUCAAAGCUACUACAUUUGCAUUCCAACGACAAACAACGGAUCGUAAAGUGCUGACAAUCGAAAUCAACAAAAAACUACCAUAUAAACAGUGAAUUUGUUUCUGUGAUUUCGAUGGUUGGUGGCUGGUGUUUGUGGUUGUUUUCAUACAAACAAUAAUAGACAAUCAUAUUUUCAUUACAAAAUCAAGCUGAUCAAUCGCAUUGCAAACUUACAUUUUGAUCAUAUCGAUUUGUAUUGGCAAUAACAUACGCAAAUUUGAUGUUCAAUUUUUUUCACAUAGACAAACAAUAGCAUCAACAAAUGUGAAUUCAAAUUCGAUUUCCAGAAGCCAAACAAUUUAUUGUAAAUGAUGUUGCAGUAUAAUAUCGGUUGCAAUCGACGAUACCGUUGACAGCAAACAACAAUAAACAGAAAACGUGCUGAUAAAAAUAUUUAGUCAUACGUUCAACCUAUCCAUUCCAUCAUUCUAUCAUUUUCUAUCCUGUACUGGUCCGAUACAAAUCUGUUUUGUUUAAUCAAAAUUAUUAUCUAAAAAAAUAAAAUGCCAGAUUCCAAACGAGUGGGCUAUUGCUGGAGUGAGCGUAAAGGACAAAAGAUAAACGUGGAAGAAUUGGCAGAAAAUUUCGCACAAAAUGGAUAUGAAUUUGUCAAGAUUGACCUGGAUAAAGAUCUAGAACAACAAGGACCAUUUGAUGCCAUUAUCCAUAAGCUUUCUGAUCUAUUAUAUCAAAUCGACACUGAUGAACAGGCAAGACAUCAGAUUAAAGCAUUCGAAAAUUUUAUUGAAGCUCACCCAGAGAUUAUUGUCAUUGAUCAAUUGAAAAAUGUUAGCAAAAUUCUUGACAGAUAUCAUCAAUAUAAGAUCAUAAAAGAAAGUGAUCUAGCCAAAGAAGGUUUGAUUCAUUAUUUUCCAUCUUUUUUAUUAAUUAUUUACCAUUGCUUUGCAGAUGGAGUGUUCACACCCACAUUUGUAGAGAUGACAUCCACAAAUGUGGAUGAAAAUUUGCACAAAUUAGAAGCAGCUAAUGUUAAAUUUCCAUUCGUUUGUAAACCAUUGCGUGCUCAAGGAACACGAUUCGCACAUAAAAUGUCGAUUAUAUUUGAUGAAAAUAGCCUACAAUCGAUCAAUCCGCCUUGUGUGGCACAAACAUUCAUCAAUCAUAAUGCUCGACUGUAUAAAUUGUUCAUCAUUAAAGAUAAAUACUUUGUCAUUGAACGGCCAUCAAUCAAAAAUUUUAAGCCAGAUAAACACUACGAAACGGUACAUUUUGAUAGCCAUGACAUUUCCAAACCAUAUUCUUCAUCAUCUUUAAUCGAAUUGGAUGAAGAUGAACGUAGCAAUCCAAUUAUUGAACCGGAAAAAGAACGUCUCGAUCGUAUUGUCAAAGUCAUGUUCGAAGAACUCGGUCUCUAUCUAUUGGGCAUCGAUGUUAUCAUUGAGAAUGAAACUGGACGAUAUGCUAUCAUUGACAUGAACACAUUUCCUGGUUAUGAUGGUGUGGACAAUUUUCCUGGACAAUUCUGUCGUAUUCUUGUCGAUGAAAUCAAACAGGCUCGAAUGGCCUAUUAUCAAGCGAACUCAAGUGCCAAAGAUCAUCAUCAGCAACAAGUUCAUUCGAAUAACAAUGGUAUAUAUACUAAUAUAGAUUUCGAUAGUGGUAUCGAUACAUCAGAUUCAUGCGACGAGAAAAAGAAUCCACCACGAUCGAAUCGUUUGGAUCAAAAUCCUCCAACAAAAUUCUAUAAGAAACAACGUUGGCAUCAACAACAACAAUUGAAUAGCAUGGCCGAAAACAAUCCAAUUAACAACAACAAUAAUAGCCAAUGAAUAUAGUGUUUUU